AUGCCUUGUGGUGCUGUUGAGUUUGUUGGUUGUCUUGCAUUUGCUUUUUCAAGUAAAAUCUUCCCUCAUAGAAUGGGGAUCUCAUUUGCUGCAAUGUGUUUAGCAUUUGUUUCUGCAUGUAUGUUGGCAUUUGCUAAUAACAAUAAUCAUGCAAGAUUAGCUGGUUAUUAUUUACAAUAUGUUUAUCCAACAACUACAAUUUGUGCACUUUCUUGUUUCCAAUCUAACACUGCAGGUCAUACCAAAAAAAUUACAACUACAGCCAUUUUCUUUAUUGGUUAUUGUGUUGGUAACUUGAUUGGUCCUCAAACUUUCAAAGAACCUCCUUAUACCGGUGGUAAAAUUGCAAUCGUUGUUUGUGAUGCUGCAACAUUGGCUUUGAUUUUGGGAAUUUACUUUGAGUACUGGAACUCAAACAGAAAGAAUGAUGCUAAAAUGCAAACAAUGGACUUGUCAGAGUUCAAUGCCAUUGAAAACUCUGAAUUUGCUGAUUUGACUGAUAGAGAGAAUCCAACCUUUAGAUAUUGUUUGUGA